UUGCAGCUCUUCUCUCUUCACAUUGCGUACUACGCCCCUUGUUGAUAAAAAAACGACAUUAAUAAAGCGGUACAAUUAAAACCCUGCUUUUAAUUGGUAGAAAAAACGAACAGCCAGGACGCUUUAAUAACUGGCUGAAACCAUGCAAAAGUAUGAGAAGCUGGAGAAGAUAGGAGAGGGUACAUAUGGUACCGUUUUCAAGGCUAAAAACAGAGAAACCCACGAGAUUGUGGCCCUCAAACGAGUCCGGCUGGACGAUGAUGAUGAGGGCGUUCCAAGUUCAGCUUUACGAGAAAUUUGCCUCCUGAAAGAAUUGAAGCAUAAAAACAUUGUAAGGUUACAUGACGUCCUUCACAGUGAUAAGAAACUCACAUUAGUGUUUGAAUACUGUGAUCAGGAUUUAAAGAAAUACUUUGACAGCUGUAAUGGUGACUUGGAUCCAGAGAUCGUCAAGUCUUUUAUGUACCAGCUGUUGAAGGGUCUUGCCUUCUGCCACAGCAGAAAUGUUCUCCACCGAGACCUUAAACCACAAAACCUGCUCAUCAACAGAAACGGGGAACUGAAACUGGCUGAUUUCGGCUUGGCCAGAGCGUUUGGGAUCCCUGUACGCUGUUAUUCUGCAGAGGUGGUGACGUUGUGGUACAGGCCUCCAGAUGUGCUGUUUGGUGCUAAACUCUACUCUACCUCUAUUGACAUGUGGUCUGCAGGCUGUAUAUUUGCAGAACUGGCAAAUGCAGGACGGCCUUUAUUUCCUGGUAACGAUGUGGACGAUCAGCUAAAGAGGAUCUUUAGAUUGCUGGGAACGCCAACAGAAGAACAGUGGCAGACUAUGAAUAAACUUCCAGAUUAUAAGCCGUACCCGAUGUAUCCAGCUACUACAUCACUUGUGAACGUCGUGCCGAAACUCAGCAGCACCGGCAGAGAUUUACUACAGAAUCUUCUGAAAUGCAAUCCAGUACAGCGAAUUUCAGCAGAAGAAGCUCUACAGCACCCUUACUUUGCUGAAUUCUGCCCACCAUAAAAAAACAAAACAAAAACUGAUCUCCAAAUCAUCAUGUAGGAACACAGACAGGCCAGUUUUACCUCCUGAACCCCCCACCCCCGCCCCCCCUCAGCUUCUGCUUUCACUAUAGGAUAACAGAGGGACCACCAGACACUCCUCCAUUAGUAAUUAUGGUUAUGAUUUGAUCAUACAGAUAUAUGAUUAUAAUAGUCACUCUCUUUCUCUCUAAUGUAGAGUGUGCUGCUGUUAUUCUGCACAAAUCUCCAAAAAGACCUUUAUAUUGUUUCUAUGGUCUUAAAGGGAUAGUUCACCCAAAACUGAAUUUGAUGUGUUUCUUUAUUAUUAAAUGUGUAUUUUAGCUGAAACUGUGGUCAUUGGGUGAUUUAUAAAAUACAAAUCAAAGUUUAACAGCACUUUGGGAGUCAAAAAAACACAUACAGGUAAAAAAAUAAAUAAAAUAAAGGGAUAGUUCACCAAAAACUGAAAAUUCUGUCAUUUACUCUCUAUUCAAAACUUUUAUUCUGUUGAACACAAAAGAAGAUAUUUUGAAGAAUGCUGGAAACCUGUAACCAUCGACUUCCAUAAUAUUUGUUUUUCCUACUAUGGAUGUCAAUGGUUGUUCAAAAUAUCAUAUUUUGUGUUCAACAGAAUGAAGAAACUCAUAAAGAUUUGGAACCACUUGAGGGUGAGUAAAUAGUGAGUGAAUUCUCAUUUUUGGCUAAACUGGGCCUUUAAUAGUUGUAAUUUCUGACUUCAUGAACAUUAUUAGGUUCAUUGUGUUUUAUAAGUCUUCAAUGUAUUGUCUGGCUGCAUAUAUACAUUUUGAUUUGCCUGUAUAUUAUUUAUUUAUUUUGAUGUAUUGAUUUUAUGUAUUUUUGACUCCAUAUCUGUUGCUUGUGAUUUUAUGAAUCAACAAGGAUCGCAGUUUGGUCUAUAAAUCUUCUUUAAUGUUCUACUGAAAUAAAAUAAAAAGAUAAUCUUUGAUGACCUGAGGGUAUUAAUUCAACAGCAAAGUUUCAUUUUUGAGUGAAUUCUCUCUAAAAUAAUAGUUCGUCCAAACAAAAAAAGAGAAUUGCAUAACAUUGGACCGUCUUAAAGGGACAGUUCACUCAAAAAUAAAAGAAAAUCCUUGUCAUUUACUCCAAGUGCUUAUUAACUUUACUCUGUUGAACACAAAGGAAGAUAUUUUGAAAAAUGUUGGAAAAAGCAGCCAUUGGUAAUCCAUAGUAGCAACAAAAAUACCUAAUGGCUGUUUUCCCAACAUUCUUUAGUACAUUUUCAUUUAUGUUCAACAAAAAAGAAACUCAAACAGGCUUUAAACAAGUGAAAGAUCAUUAAAUUAUAACAAUUAAAUUUUUUUGUGUGAACUAUCCAUUUAAACAUUGACCAUAUUUUCAUAUUUAGGUGAACUUAUGUAAACUAAAAAUUCUAAUCAUUUCUUCUAGUCCGCAAACCUUCAGUCCUGGCCCUACAUGAUUCAUUUAGUUGCCAAAUGUACUUCAUAGGUCUCUAAAGGUUUACAAAACGCUGCGGUGGGGACUACAAAAAGCAGCAAUUUCUUCUUUUUUUUGUCUUGAGAUCAAAUGAGCAUUAUAAUGUAAUAAGGUACAGCGCACAUCAUUGAUUUAGCACACAUUACGAUAUACAGUAUUUAAGGAAAAAAACACUUUAUAAUUUGUGUUGUACAUUCAGUAAGGGUGCAUUUAAAAAAAAAAAAAGUCUAGGUUGUGCAACAAAUUUUCUAUGAGUGAGAUUUUUGCAUACAUUUUAAACAACAUUGUUAGUGUUUUCCUAUUCUUCGUUUAAAGGAACACCCCACCUUUUUUUAUUUAUUUUUUUCGUUUUACAACUGUCCAAGAGUUAAAACAGCUGAGUUUGAGUAUUUUUUAAAAAUCUAUUCAGCUAAUCUUUGGGUCUGGUGCAAACACUUUUAGCUUAGCUUAGCAUAAAUCAUUGAAUCCGAUUAGACCAUUAGCAUCUCCCUCAAAAAAAAAUUGAGUUUUGAUUAUUUUCCUAUUUAAAGAGUGACUCCAUUUUUAACAUUUUUUAAAAUUCGUUCAUCAGAUCUCUGGCUCUGGUGGGAGCACCUUUAGCUUAGCUUAGCAUAAAUCAUUGAAUCAGAUUAGACCAUUAGCAUCUCGCUAAAAAAAAUAAAAAGUUGAGACUUGAUAAUUCUCCUAUUUACAGAUUGACUCCUCUGUAGUUACAUUGUGUACUAAGACUGCAGAAAAUAGAAUGUUCUAGCACACACUGGCACAGCGUAAUAUCGUUGCGCUUGAUAUGUCACGGCAGCAAAGUUCCUUGCUUAUUACGCCAGAUUGAGAGUAUGGUUCCUAGCCAACUUUUUAUUUUCUGUCAGUCUGCAUAUGCAAUGUAACUACAGAAGAGUCAAGCUUUAAAUAGGAAAAAUAUCAGAACUUUUAUUCUUUUUUUUAUUUUCAGAUGCAAAUGUUCUAAUCAGAUUCAAUGAUCUAUGCUAAGCUUCGCUAAAAGUGCACCUGACAGACUCAGAAAUCAGCUGAAUGGAUUCAAAAAGGGUAAAAUUCAACUGCAUAACUGUAGUGGAGUAAAAUGAGCCUUUUCCUUAAAAAAAACAAAAAUGGAGUGUUAUAAUUUUGUUGUACAUUCAGUAAGGGUAAAAAAAGUAUGUUAUGCGACUACUUUUCUAUGAAUGAGAUUUUAGCAUUCAUUUUAAACAACACCGUUAGCGUUUUCCUAUUCUUUGUUUAAAGGAACACUUUUUUAUUUUUAUUUUUUUUUAUUUUUUUUGGAAAUAAGCUUAUUUUACAGCUCUUCUAGAGUUAAAUAGUUGGGUUUUACCAUGUUUUAAAAUCCAUUUAUCAGAUCUUUGGGUCUGGUGGGAACAUUUUUAGCUUAGCUUAGCAUAAAUCAUUGAAUCGGAUUAGACCAUUAGCAUCUCGCUCAAAAUAAAAAAAAAAUCCUUGAUUAUUAUGCCAGAAUGAGAGUAGAGUUCCUAGCCACCUUUUUAUUUUCCAUCAAUCUGAAUACACAAUGUAACUACAGAAGAGUCCAGCUUUAAGUAGGAAAAAUAUCAAAACUUUUAUGCGUUUAAACGUUUAUUUAUUUUCAGAUGCUAAUAGUCUAAUCCGAUUCAAUAAUCUAUGCUAAGAUAAGCUAAAAGUGCUCCCGCCAGACUCGGAGAUCAGCUGAAUGGGUUCAAAAAUGGUAUAAUUCAACAGUAUAACUGUAGUGGAGUGGUAAAAUGAGCCUUUUCCUUCAAAACACAAAAGUGUUAGUUUUGUGUUGUACAUUCAGUAAGGGUAAAAAAAAAAAAAAAAAAAAAAAAAGUAUGUUGUGCGACUAAUCUUCUUUGAACAAGAUUUUAGCAGUCAUUUUAAACAACACUGUUAUCGUUUUCCUAUUCUUCGUUUAAAGAAACGUUUCUUUAAAGGAGCGGUUCUUUGUUUUGUUUUUUGGAAAUAAGCUCAUUUUGCAACUCUUCUAGAGUUAAAUAUUUGGGUUUUACCAUAUUUUUAAAAUCCAUUCAUCAGAUUUCCGGGUCUGGUGGGAACAUUUUUUGCUUAGCUAAGCAUAAAUCAUUGAAUCAGAUUAGACCAUUAGCAUCUCGAUAGAUUAUUUUGACUUAUUGUGAUUAUUUUCCUUUUUAAAGCGUGACUUUGUAGUUACAUUGUGUAUUAAGACUGACAGAAAAAUUAAAUGUUGCUAUUUUUAAGGAACCUUUUUCAGGCAUUGCGUAAUGUCAUUGCGCCUGCUACAGCCAUGAUACGGCUGCAAAAUUCCUUGAUUAUUACACCAGAAUAAGAGUAUAGUUCCUAGCCAACUUUUCAUUUUCUGUUGGUCUGAAUAAACAAUGUAACUACAGAAGAGUCAAGCUUUAAAUAGGAAAAUAUCAAAACUUUAAUUUAUUUAUUUUGAGAUACUAAUGGUCCAAUCCGAUUCAAUGAUCUAUGCUAAGCUAAGCUAAAAGUGCUCCCGCCAGCUAGAGAUCGGCUAAAUGGAUUUUAAAAUGGUAAAACUCAACUAUAUAACUUUAAGGUUGUUGUAAAAUGAGCUUAUUUACAAAAAAAGUGGAGUGUUCCUUUAUAAAGACGUCUUUUGUUUAGUGGACCACAAGAAUUGCCUUUAAGACUCUGAGCAAUAGCUGUGUGUAAAGAACAAUGCCUCAUAUUUCAGUGCAUGCCAGUGUUACACUUUGUGUGAUUUGUCGGGCCAAACAAAAAUGAUUUACAUGCAUUUUAGGUCAAAUAGCCCUGAAGUCUGUGAAAUACGGUAAAACUGAAACUUCCCCUUAUUUCUGCUUCACAUUCUCAUCAGCUGUAGUAGAUGUGCAUCAUUAGAGAACAUAAUCCAUAUCAUAACUUCCAGGCCUUUUAUGGUGAUUGUAUGUUAUUGAGUCGAACAAGUAGGUUUAAUAUAUUUAUCUUAGAACAGUUUAGAUAGCACUUUUAUUAUUAUUAUUAUUAUUUUUAAACACUGUUUAUUUAUUCAUAUAGUAAUAUGUGAUAAAUCGAUAUUGAAAUGAGGUGAUUUGAAGACUCGGGAAGGGACCAUUUAUGACAUGAGAAAUUGAGCAAAUGUGUAAAGUUUUUGUUUUCUUAAUGAUGAUUAUACGAUUCGUUACGGAGACAUAAACGGAGGAUAUUAAUGACAGUAGAAAAAAAAAAGCUGUGCUGCUUAUAUUUCUUUCAAGAUAUCAGGAAUGUAGCAGAGCUCUGUUCGCAACUUUUCAUCAAGACAUCGAAUUUUAUUUCCCCACAGUGGAUUUGUCAAAUUUGAAGAACAAUGCACCAGUUUAUUAAAUAUGUUUUCUCUAAACAAAA